CAGGGACUCCUCUACAAAGGCAAGGUGCUGGCAGAUGAGCACAGACUGUCACACUACUCCAUCGGUCCCGAUUCAAAGCUGAACUCGUUGUGACGCCCCCCAACCCAGAAAGUGUCACCCGAGCAAGAACAGCAAUCCCUGUCUCGCCCCUCCUCUCACCCCUCGUCUCACGCAGUGAGAGUCUAUACAAGACCAGCGUGCAGUUGUGACAUGUCUCUCCCUCUGCCUCUCUCUCAGGAUUACGAGUGGAGGUUGCGCUUGUUGAGCCUUGAUGAUAUGGAGCAGCUGGCGACCCGCAUGCUUCACCCUGAGGUUGUGGAGUGCAUGGAGCUGUCCUUCCUGGACUGA